AUGAAGAAGUUUAUGAAGAGUAAGUGUGCUCCAAGAGAUCAAAACUUUUUCGAGAUUGUCAAUGAGGCAGAAGAUAGUAUCGAUUAUUUAGAGGCAAGUCUAAGUAGAACCAUAGAACUUCGCAAAAGACUGUCAGUAUCAAUCGUUAAUCAGAGUGGACAAGGAAGGACCACACCAACUGAAAUUGAAAUGAGUGUCAGUUUACCGACGAUAGCACUGCCGAAAUUUGACGGCAAUCCCCUCGAGUACAAAAGUUAUUGGGACCAGUUCAAUAACUUGGUCCAUCAACGAAAUGUUGCCGAUGUCACCAAAUUCACCCAUCUCUUGUCUACUCCGCAAGGAAAGGCGAGGGCAGCAUCAGAAGGUUUACUCGUAACCAAUGCUUCCUGCGGUGAAGCACUCGACAUAUUGCGUGAUCGAUUCGGGACGUGA